AUGGGUUUCUCACUCUCACUCAAACUCUCAUUUCUUUGCUUCAUCAUCAUCAUACUCUCCACAGCUCUGUUCUCAGAUCUCAAGCUAGUGGACUCUGCAUCACCAGACUACACAAACUUAAUCUACAAAGGAUGCGCAAGACAGCAGUUCUCAGAUCCGUCUGGUCUUUACUCGCAGUCUCUCUCUGCAAUGUUUGGCUCAUUGGUCACACAGUCAACUAAAACCAAGUUCUACAAAACCACUACUGGUACAACGAGCCAAACCACUAUCACUGGUCUCUUUCAGUGUAGAGGAGACUUGAGCAACAACGAUUGUUAUAACUGUGUUAGUCGUCUUCCUGUUCUCUCCGGUAAGCUCUGCGGCAAAAGCAUUGCCGCUAGAGUUCAGCUCUCCGGUUGUUAUCUUCUUUAUGAAAUUGCUGGCUUUGCCCAAAUUUCAGGGAUGGAGAUGUUAUUCAAGACAUGUGGGAAGAACAACGUGGCCGGAACAGGGUUCGAAGAGAGGAGAGACACUGCAUUCGGUGUAAUGCAAAACGGUGUCGUUUCAGGGCACGGCUUCUACGCAACAACCUACGAAUCGGUUUACGUUUUAGGACAGUGCGAAGGCGACGUGGGAGAUUCAGAUUGUAGCGGUUGCAUCAAGAACGCGUUAGAGAAGGCUCAAGUGGAAUGUGGAAGCUCGAGUUCUGGUCAGAUUUAUCUUCACAAGUGUUUCAUCGGUUAUAAGUAUUACCCUAAUGGUGUUCCCAGAGGAGCUUCUCCAAUCUCUGGCUCGUCUGGUUCUUCUUCUUCUUCUUCCUCAGUACGAUUUUAA